AUGCUAUGUCUUAGGCGAUAUGCCCUGAAAAACACCGCCGUAUUGAAACGAGCCCAGCUCGAUCUCAAGGGUAUAGUUCAAAAUUCGGAAAAGUUUCGGGAUUCGCUAGUAAGACGAACGCCAGGGGUUGCAGCGACGGAACCCAUUGACUUCCUCAUCAACAACCGAAAUCGCCAGCUUGAACUUCUGAGCCAAAUUGACCAGUUACGCAAAAGGCGAAAUGAAUUGGGAACCCAAAUGAAAGCCUCCCCAUCGGAUCUGGUGAAGCAAGAGCUUUCUGAAAUCAAGGCCCAGAUCAAACCAUUGGAAGCCAAGUUCGCCGAGUUGGAUGCGGCCAUGUAUACCACUGCUGAGUCCUUACCCAACUUGCUUGAUCCAGGUGUGCCUGAAGAUCCUGACAAUGGUGACAUUGUUGAGUUCAUCAAUUGCCUGUCGGAGGAGGAUGCUGAAAACUCGCUUCCGCGAACCAAAUACGAUCAUAAAGAUAUCGCUGAAAACCUCGGAAUUGUUGAUUUCAAGGUAGCUCUGCGUAUUUCUGGCUCGCUGUGGUAUUAUCUCCUUGGCGAUGGCGCUCUCUUAGAACAAGCGCUCGUUCAAUAUGCGCUUGCCAAGGCUCGUAAGGCUGGAUACACCCUUGUAAGUCCGCCUUCGAUAGUUAGAAACGAAGUGAUUCAUGCUUGUGGAUUCAAGCCGAAGGAUCAAAAUGGCGAAAAGCAGGUUUACGAUUUGGCCGACGAACAGUUAUCUCUCACUGGUACUGCAGAAAUCCCUCUUGGUGCCCUUCACUCCUCUCUGGCGAUUGACAAACCAGUGAAAUAUGCUGGGGUAUCGCGGCUGUAUCGGGCUGAAGCUGGUGCUCGGGGACGUGACACCAAGGGCUUGUAUCGGGUGCACGAAUUUACUAAAGUAGAGCUUUUUCAUUUCACCACCACCCCUGAAAAAGCUCAACAAGAACUUGAAGAGUUACGUCAAUUGCAGACUGAGAUCAUCACUGAAUUGGGUCUCAAGGCCAAAAUGAUCAAUAUGCCGACUACAGACUUGGGAGCACCGGCGAUGAAAAAGUAUGACUGCGAAGCGUGGAUGCCCGGCAGAGGCAAUUGGGGUGAGUUGACUAGUUGUUCUAACUGUGGUGAUUAUCAAGCUCGGAGGUUAGGCAUCAAAUGGAUUAAUUCAGAAAACGAGUCUAAUCCUGCAAUGACGUUGAAUGGCACAGCCAUGGCUGUUCCUCGAGUCAUCGUUGCCAUUAUUGAGCAAUUUUACGAUGAAGCCCUGCAAUCUGUGAUUAUACCCGCAGUUUUGAGGCCGUUUAUGGGUAUCGAUCGAAUUUCCAAACUGUAA